UUCCAGUUAUUCCUGCCCCUCAUCGUCUGCUGCCAUGCUGUGCCCUGUACUGCUUUGUGCCACUCUGCUCCUCCUGACUCCUCUGGAGAUCACAGAGGCUCGUGCUUUGCAUCCUUCUCCUGAUGCUGUGCAGUUUGUGGAGCAGUUUCUAGAACGCUAUAAUGACCUUCUGACCCUGGACGACCUGGAGAACAUGCUGAACAGCCAACCAGAGGAACAGUCCACCCUUUCCUCCGGGUCCAAAGCUGCUGAAUACCCCAAAUGGGCUGAUGCACAAACUCAGCCUGAGACCCCCUGGCUCCGUCUGCUGAAGGGCGCCCUGGCCAACCAGAAGCGAGCAGAACCGGACCGGUCACGGAGGGGGUGGAACCGGGGAUGCUUUGGCCUGAAAUUGGAUCGGAUCGGGUCCAUGAGUGGACUGGGCUGUUAGUGGAGAUGGAGGAGGAAACUAAAGACUGCUUACAUCCUUCUUAGAUUAUUAGGAUACACACACAUGCAUAGGCAUUCACCUGCAGAGAAGGAUGUUUACAUGCGUGUAGACAUUAUGUAGUAUGGUGUAAACUUCGUGUUGCUAAUGUGGUUUCAUCCAGUGUAGAUCAGAUGCUUCACAGUUUAAUUCCAUGUCUAAGUGUUAACCUGAAUAUUAGAACGUGUGCCAUUUAC